CCCCGAGCCCGCGCCCGCAGCCGAGUCGCCCCGCUCUGGUCGGAAUCCAGCCGGGUCACCGCUCCGCCGCCAGGAAUUGCCAGGAGGCGUCAUGUAGCCGCCACAGCAAACCCACCUCGCCUUUGCAACUCUUUUCUGGGGGAAGGGGGCGGGGGCGCGGCAAAAUCGUUUCUCCGCCCCCGCUUUCUGGACUACUCCCCUUUGCAAGCUGCCUCUGCGGCUAAAAGAUUGAGGGGUUCAGGGGAAGGCGGGGGGCCGUAAAUCAGAGUUGGACCUGCCAUCCCCCCCGCGCACCCCGAGGGCCACCAUGGCCGAGGAGAGCUCCGAGGUUCCCAGGGAGUUGAUAGAAAGCAUCAAGGAUGUUAUUGGCAGGAAGAUAAAAAUUGCAGUAAAGAAGAAAGUCAAGUUGGAAGUCAAAGGAGACAAAGUCGAAAACAAAGUGCUGGUGCUUACAUCAUGCCGCGCCUUCCUUGUGACAGCACGAAUCCCUACCAAGCUCGAGUUAACCUUCAGCUACUUGGAGAUUCAUGGAGUCCUAUGCAGCAAAUCAGCUCAGAUGGUUGUAGAAACUGAGAAGUGUAGCAUCUGCAUGAAGAUGGCGUCGCCCGAGGAUGUGAAUGACGUGCUGGCUCACAUCGGUACCUGCCUGAGGAGGAUAUUUCCUGGCCUCUCUCCAGUGAGAAUCAUGAAGAAAGUCUCCAUGGAGCCAGCUGAGCGGCUGGCCAGUCUCCAGGCUCUGUGGGACAGCCAGACUGUGCCUGAGCAGGGGCCCUGUGGUGGAUUUUCUCAAAUGUAUGCCUGUGUUUGUGACUGGCUUGGAUUUUCAUACAGGGAAGAAGUACAGUGGGAUGUGGAUACGAUUUAUCUGACACAAGACACCAGGGAACUGAAUUUACAAGACUUCAGUCAUCUUGACCACAGGGACCUAAUCCCGAUUAUUGCUGCCCUGGAGUAUAACCAGUGGUUCACAAAGCUGUCCUCUAAGGAUCUCAAACUGUCCACUGAUGUCUGUGAACAGAUCUUGAGAGUGGUUAGUAGGUCCAAUCGACUGGAAGAACUGGUGUUGGAAAAUGCUGGACUCAGAGCAGAUUUUGCACAAAAACUGGCCAGUGCUCUAGCGCAUAAUCCCAACUCAGGAUUCCACACGAUUAACCUUGCUGGCAACCCCCUGGAGGAUCGAGGUGUGUCCUCUUUAAGUAUUCAAUUUGCCAAACUUCCAAAGGGAUUGAAGCAUUUAAAUUUAUCUAAAACCUCAUUGUCACCUAAAGGGGUGAACAGCCUUUCUCAGUCACUCAGUGCCAACCUGCUGACUGCCACCACCCUCACCCAUCUGGACCUCUCAGGGAACAUCCUUCGCGGAGAUGACCUCUCGUACAUGUACAGUUUCUUGGCCCAGCCAAAUGCCAUUGCUCAUCUGGAUUUAUCCAAUACAGAGUGUUCCCUGGACAUGGUCUGUGGCGCUCUUCUCCGUGGAUGCCUUCAAUACUUAGCUGUGCUCAAUGUCUCCAGAACUGUCUUUUCUCAUCGGAAAGGCAAAGAAGUACCCCCAUCUUUCAAGCAAUUUUUUAGUAGUUCUCUGGCUCUGAUGCAGAUCAACCUUUCAGGCACGAAACUGUCUCCUGAGCCUUUAAAGGCACUGUUGUUGGGCCUGGCUUGUAACCAUAACUUGAAGGGGGUCUCCCUUGAUCUCAGCAACUGUGAGCUUGGCCAUUGUCUGAGAUCAGGAGGUGCUCAAGUAUUAGAAGGCUGCAUUGCAGAAAUCCACAACAUCACCAGCCUAGACAUCUCUGACAAUGGUUUAGAGUCUGACCUGUCUACCUUAAUAGUGUGGCUCAGUAAAAACAGAUCAAUACAACACCUGGCAUUAGGCAAAAACUUUAAUAACAUGAAAUCCAAAAAUCUGACACCAGUGUUGGACAACUUAGUACAGAUGAUUCAAGAUGAAGAAUCACCUCUGCAGUCCUUGUCCCUGGCUGACUCAAAGCUCAAGACUGAAGUCACCAUCAUAAUUAAUGCACUGGGAAGCAACACCUCCCUGACCAAAGUGGACAUCAGCGGAAAUGGAAUGGGAGACAUGGGAGCAAAGAUGUUGGCCAAGGCCUUACAGAUCAACACCAAGCUCAGGACUGUCAUAUGGGACAAGAACAACAUUACUGCGCAAGGCUUCCAGGACAUCGCUGUUGCUCUGGAAAAAAACUACACUUUGAGGUUUAUGCCGAUUCCUAUGUAUGAUGCUUCUCAAGCCCUGAAAACAAACCCAGAAAAAACAGAAGAGGCUCUGCAAAAGAUAGAGAAUUACCUGCUCCGGAAUCACGAGACUAGAAAAUAUCUUCAAGAGCAGGCCUACCGGUUACAGCAAGGCAUUGUCACGAGCACGACGCAGCAGAUGAUUGACAGAAUAUGUGUGAAAGUACAAGAUCAUCUCAACUCCUUACGAAAUUGUGCGGGUGAAGCUGUUCAAGAAGAUUUAAAAUCAGCAGAAAGGCUAAUGCGUGAUGCUAAGAACUCAAAAACGUUAUUACCAAAUUUAUACCAUGUUGGUGGUACAUCGUGGGCCGGGGCCAGUGGCUUGCUGUCUAGCCCAAUUCAAGAGACCCUAGAAUCAAUGGCUGGAGAAGUUACUAGAGUUGUAGAUGAACAGCUAAAGGCGUUGCUUGAGUCCAUGGUCGAUGCUGCUGAGAGUCUUUGUCCCAAUGUGAUGAAAAAAGCCCACAUUCGGCAAGACUUGAUUCAUGCCAGCACGGAAAAGAUAUCCAUCCCACGUACCUUUGUUAAAAAUGUCCUGUUGGAACAGUCUGGAAUUGAUAUCCUUAACAAAAUUAGUGAAGUGAAGUUGACUGUGGCCUCCUUCCUCUCAGACCGAAUUGUGGAUGAAAUUCUAGAUGCACUCUCAAACUGCCAUCAUAAACUGGCUGAUCAUUUCAGCAGGCGUGGCAAGGCCCUUCCUCAACACGAAUCCUUAGAGAUUGAGCUGGCUGAGGAGAAGCCAGUUAAACGCUCAGUCAUCACGAUGGAGGAGCUCACUGAGAUAGAGCGUUUGGAAGACCUGGACACUUGUAUGAUGACUCCCAAAUCCAAAAGGAAGAGUAUCCACAGUCGAAUGCUGCGGCCCGUUUCUAGAGCCUUCGAAAUGGAGUUUGAUCUGGAUAAAGCGCUAGAAGAGGUGCCAAUUCACAUCGAAGACCCGCCUUUCCCAUCCACCCGACAAGAGAAGCGGAGCUCGGGCUUCAUCUCGGAGCUGCCUUCCGAGGAAGGGAGGAAGCUGGAGCACUUCACCAAGUUAAGGCCAAAACGCAAUAAGAAGCAACAGCCCACCCAAGCAGCGGUCCGUGCUGUCAGCAUCAUUUCCCAAGACGGGGAGCAGAACGGUCUCAUGGGCAGAGUGGAUGAAGGUGUAGAUGAAUUUUUCACCAAGAAGGUGACCAAAAUGGAUUCCAAGAGAUCUGCAGGAAGAGGCUCAGAGUGCCACGAGCUUGGCGAAGGAGGCGAUGAAAAGAAAAAGCGAGAUUCUCGGAAGAGUGCCUUUCUCAAUUUAAUCAAAUCCCGCUCCAAAGCUGAGCGGCCACCAACGGUCUUGAUAACAGAAGAGCCCUCGUCCCCAAAAGGGGCCGUCAGAAGUCCAGCCAUGGACAUACCCAGGAAGGACACAAAGCCAGCUGAGCACAACAGCAGCUCUGAACGGACAGAGGAGGUCAAAACGCCCGACUCCCUGGAGGAGGGUCAAGGGGAGGACAUGGGGAAGCUGGACCGGAGUGACAGCAGGAGCAGCCCCCAGGGAGGCCGGAGGUAUGGGGUCCAGGUGAUGGGCAGCGGUCUGAUGGCCGAGAUGAAAGCCAAGCAGGAGAAGAGAGCUGCUUGUGCGCAGAAGAAGCUUGGGAAUGAGACCAUCUCCCAGGAUUCCUCCAGCCUGACCUUGAGCAGCACAGAACGGCCGGAUGGAGGUGGGGCAGUGCCUAAACUACACCCAGGUCUUCCAGAAAGUCGCUUCAGCGUGGGAACGCCAGAGAAGAAUGCCAAAGUUGAAUCCAGAGUGGAAGUGGGUUCCAGGUCCCGGAGCCCUUCGGGCACACUCACCAGCUCCAAGCCCCUGCUGCAGUCCCCCAAGCCCAGCCUGGCUGCUCGGCCCACCAUCCCGCAGAAACCAAGAAGCACCUCGCGGCCGGAGGACCUCCCAGACUCUCCGUCCGGCCCUAGUUCCCCUAAAGUUGCUCUUCUUCCACCUCUCCUGAAAAAAGUUCCUUCAGACAAGGAGAGAGAUGGCCAGCAUAGCCCCCAACCCAAUCCCAGGACAUUUUCCCAGGAAGUGCAAAGAGGAGAUUAUUACAAAAGACAUUCAGAUCAUGACAGUGGCAAGCCUUCCAGUAGAGGGAAAAGAUCUUCAAAACUGUACUCCACCAUUGCGGAAGAGGAGGUGAAUGCAAUUGGGCACAGGAAGUCACAGCCAACAAAUGUUUCAAGGAGAAGCUGGGGCCAGCAGGCCCAGGAGAAUCAAGAACAAAAGCAGUGGUCCUCCAGUAAAGAUGGCCAGCAAGGCAGCAAAUCGAACGACUCUGGGGAAGAAGUGGAAAAAGAUUUUAUUUUUGUGUGAAGGUCACCCACGCGAAGGUCUUCAUGUGCAGGGUGCUUUGUUAGCCAUCAGAGAGGACGAAGGGCACAUCUCUUCAGCUUCCUGGGAGCUCAUCUCUUGGUGCUGUUUUCUUUUCUUUUCCCUUUUUUUUUUUAGUGGAAAACAGAAACAUCCACUCCUUGGUAAUCAUCAUGCAUCUGUUUAGUCUUCCCCCACCCUUGACAUUUGAUUUCUAAGCAUUCCUUCUUAUGCCUUCAAUGAAUACCAGCAAGUAUCUCAUAGGCCCUACUUGAAUUUCUCUGAGGCAGCUAUAGUUCACUCUGCAGGAGGAGUUUUUUGAGGUAAAUGAAGUAACUGGACACAACACUCACACAAGAUCUGGCUGACCGUGGGGUACCUCGUGUGUCCCUGUGUCAAAUCUGCACUUGACAUGAUAGAGCAAUUUAUUCUUGAUGUAUGCAAUUGCACAUUGUAAUUAUAUUAACAGAGCACACUAAUAAAUAAUUUGUAUAAAUUAUAUCUAUUAGAUCUUGGGUAUGGUCUUUACAUUCUCCCAUGGGGAACUUGCUCCUUCCGGAUGUGGAAUUGUACAUUUAAACUUGGUCGGUGACCAGGGCGACGCCAUCACAAGCACAGUGAAUAACCAGAGUGAAAGAGGCUGAUUCCUCCAUGUGCCCAGAUUAAUGUAUAUAGUAAACUGGAAUGAGGUUUUAUGAAUAUUCAUGUUUUUUGAAGGGCUUUACUUUCUGUCUGCAUAUUAGCUUUUAAUGUGUGAUUUUAAGAGAGACUACUUUGACACCUGUAAAAAAAUCAAAAUACUGCUCUUUUUAAGACAUUUCACAAAUAUUCACUUACAUUACAGGC